CAUUGGUUUCUCCUUCUCCUGCUGUGGCCAUAUUUGUUGAUGUGUCAUAGCAUUUGAGUAGUUGAGCGAUCAGCUGGAUAAAUAGGGAGCUGUGGCCGUCAUUGCACGGACAUACAAGAUGACUCGUUGGCACCUGAUUUGAACUGUAAGAGGAGCAUGAAACAUCUGGCUCCGACUACAGCUGCGCAAAAAAUGGAAGGAUCGCAUGAUAAAUUAGCAACAGAAGAAAUACGCUCUGGAGACGAGUGUCAUCGUAGUACGGCAAAUGUCGAAGAGGAGGAAUUAAUCUUUGAAAACAGUGAUCAUGCCGUGAAGACUUGCAAUCAGGUGAAAGGUGAGAACCAGCUGGAAAGUGGAUUAAUCAAGACUGAAGAAGGAGCUCAGAUAAGCAGUCAGCACCAUCAUGAUGUGAGAGAGACAGCUGCUGAUGUUGAAGGUGAUGCUGGGAAAGUUUCCAGUGAAACUGAUAGACUUCCACUUAGUCUUUCAAAUGAAGCUGUUGCUGCCAGUCAGGAUGUGGCAGAAAGUCCUCCUGUUAUCAAAGGGACAACAAAGACCUUAUUGACUUUUGAUGCAACAGCUCAGCAUGACAAUGAGCCACUGUUGCAAUCACCUGCUGUCGACAGCAGUCCUUCACCCUCUUCUGUCCAAAGCACUUUCAAAAACUCCUCUACAGACUCCUCCACCUCUGGGAUCUCUAAUGGACCGUCCACUCCAAGCUCCGACACACUCAGCUUCUCGCCGGCCUCAAGCCCGCAGACCACCGCCAACGUCUCCAUCCUCUUACAAUCCUCGUCGAGUCCUUUUGACACUGACUGCAGCCGAAAGCUUAUUUCCCAGAUCCAGCGCUCGUUGUCGCAGGAGUCGCUGCUGGAUGAACUGGAGUCGGAGCUUUUAGCUUGCGGGUUGUCUGAAAGCGAAAGCAAAAGGAAAGGGAAAGGGAGCUCCCCUGUCAACGGACUCCCAGGAGAUCAGGAGGGCUGCAUGGACGUCUUUGAGAAGUGUGUGCAGUACAAGUACACUCAACAGGAGAAGGCUAUUCAGAGGUUGCUUGAGGAGAACAAGAGACACCAGGAACUGAUUCUGGGUAUCUGCUCAGAAAAAGACAACAUGAAGGAAGAGUUGAAGAAAAGAGCAGAAACAGAGAAGCAACACAUGAGCUCCAUUAAAAAGUUGGAGGGGCGGGUGGAGGAGCUUCUGAAAGAACUGAAGGAGUCGCGGGAGAAACUGAUCCACCAGGAGCAAUCGGCCAAAGCUGCUCUGCAGCAGCUGCAUAGGGAGACCACUCACAGGAUAGAACAGGUGAACAAGAAGUGUGAUGAGGCCCGACAGGAGAAGGAGGCCAUGGUGAUGAAAUACGUGCGGGGGGAGAAGGAGGCUCUGGACCUGAGGCGGGACAAGGAGAGUUUAGAGAAGAGGCUGAGGGAAGCGCUGAAGGAGGUGGACCGCCAAGCGCUGCGCGGGAACCAGCUGGCUCAGGAGAAGGGGCGGCUGCAGCAGCUGUAUGACGCCAAGGAGGGUGAGGUUGGCCGGCUGGCAAGAGAAGGGGAAAAGUUGAAAGAGGAGAUUAACUCUCAUCUGAUCAAAGUCAAAUGGGCCCAGAACAAAUUAAAGAGUGAAGCAGAUGCUCAUAAGGAAACAAAAGACAAGCUGAGAGAAACGACAUCCAAGUUGGCUCAGGCCAAAGAGGAGACAGAACAGAUCCGAAAGAAUUGCCAGGACAUGAUCCGAACAUACCAGGAAUCAGAAGAGCUCAGAUCCAACGAGUUGGACGCUAAACUGAAGGAAACUAAAGGAGAGUUGGAGAAACACAAGCAGGAGCAAACAGACCAGUUAGAGAUGCAUCGAGCAAAGGCUAAAGAGCUGGAGGACCUGAAGAAGAGUUACAAAGAAAGCAUAGAUGAGCUGGAAACACUCCGCACUAAGUUAAAGUGUCUGGAGGACGAGCGGCCGCGGUGGGAGGAUGAGCUGAGCAAAUACAGGGAGAUCAUAAACCGGCAGAAGGCUGAGAUCGGCCGGCAGAGAGAAAAACUGGAAGAGGUCACUGCACUUCAGGAGCAGCAUGAACGGGACAAACAGGAGAUCACCUCUCUCCAGGAGGAAGUGGAGAGCCUGACCAGUCAGAUGGCCGACCUCCAGCGCGAUGUUCAAGGCAGCAGGGAGCGUGAAGCCGAGCUGCUGGGCUUCACUGAGAAACUGAGCAGCAAGAACGCCCAGCUGCAGUCGGAGAGCAACGCACUGCAGUCUCAGCUGGAUCAGGUCAGCAGCAGCUUCACUGAGCUGCAAGAGAAGCUGAAGGAGACCAGCAGACUCCUGGAGGAUAAGUCGCGACAGCUGAAACAGGAAGAAGUGAUGAGGAGCCAGGAGGUGCAGGGCCUGCAGGACGAACGUGGGGCGCUGCAGGCAGAGGUGGCCCAGCUGAAGACCAGAGUGGAGGAGCUGAGGGACGAACUGGUGACCCAGAAACGGAAACAAGCUGCCAACAUCAAAGACCUCACAAAACAACUAACACAAGCCCGUAAAAGGCUGGAGCAGUUUGAGAAUGGCGGCUGCGACCGGGAUGCCAGCAGUAUGGGCAGUCGCUCCAGUUCCUCAGGUACUACUCUGAGAUUUGGUUCCUUAAACGCACGUCAAGGUGGGGGCAGCAGCGUUGAGGAGCGGUCGCCAGAGAGCCAGUCCGGUCCCUCCGUUAUGGUGGUGGACAGCUUCCCAGAGGUGGACAAGGCCGUCCUCGUGGACCGGAUUGUCCGUCUGCAAAAGGCGCUGGCGAGAAAGCAGGAAAAGAUUGAGUUUAUGGAGGAUCACAUUAAACAGCUGGUGGAAGAGAUCCGGAAAAAGACUAAGAUUAUCCAGAGCUACGUUCUAAGAGAGGAGUCAGGGGCCCUCUCAUCAGAGGCCUCGGAUAUUAACAAGGCCCACCUCAGCCGGCGGGGAGGCAUCAUGGCGUCGCUUUACACCUCCCACCCAGCGGACAGCGGCCUGACCCUGGACCUGUCUCUGGAGAUUAACAGGAAGCUGCAGGCAGUGCUGGAGGACACGCUGCUGAAGAACAUAACUCUGAAGGAGAAUCUGCAGACUCUGGGCUCUGAGAUUGAAAAACUGAUAAAGCAGCAGAAGAAUCCAGCAGACGGAGUCAGGAAGAAGUGAAAAUGAACUACUUGAGCAACUUCUACUUCUAUUCCCGACAAAUGAAGGAGCGUUGUAAGUGCCAGUGAGACAUGGGACCUCUUGAACCGUUUCUGUCUAUUUAGAGGAAAUGUCUGAGCUUACUUGAACCGUUGCUACUCCAUCCACAUUGUGUCACCUCUAUUUAUAGACUCUGACACGAGAACUUCUCUUCUGGCCCACAUUUUCUUCCCCAAAGCUUUGCCAAGAGAACUCUUCUGGCUCUUCGAACUUGAACUUCCUCGCGGCGUUGUUGUGAAUGUUGAGCUAAACCUCUGUGGAAGCUAAUUGCCAGUCAAACGAUUCAGGGUUCCUAUCCAUUUUGGAGAGAAAGUGUGAAAUCUGGUUUUAGUAUUUUGCCAGGUGUGAAUUAAUAUGGAAAGAGAAGAGCUGAAGAAAAAUAUUUAUUUUCAGACUUUAUUGCCUGGCCCGCUUUUAAAUGAUUUUCUCUCGUGACAUUUUUGCAUUGUGCCAUAAAAUUCUGUCUCUAUUCUGUCCUCUCCUUGUUCGUUUUUUAUUCUUUCUAUUCUGACUUUUGCCCUUCCUCUUACUUACUUCCAUUUUCUUCUAUUUUCUUUCAUGUAUCAUCCUUUCUUCUUUCUGCCUUUCUUCUUUCUGCCUUUCAUCCAACUUAUCUUCCCUUUCUUACUAUUUUUUUCCUUUCUUCCUUCCCCACGUCCUUCCUUCUUUACUUACUUCCUUCCCUGUGCCCUUCCUUUUUUAUUUACUUCCUUCAUUCUUCUUUUCUUCCUUCCCUGUGUCCUUCCUUCUUUACUACUUUCCUCUCUUUCUUCCUUCUUCCCUUACUGUCUUGUCCUAUUUUUUUCCUUUUGUGUCCUUCCCUAAUUACGCCUUUCCUCCCCUUCUUCCUCUCUAUUGUUUUCUCUUUCUUUCAUCCUUUCUUUGCAUCCUUCUUUGCUCCCCUGCCCAUCAAUCCUUUUUUCCUUCCUUUCUUCCCUGUGUCCUAUUUUUCUCCUUCCUACCUAUUUUUCUCUACUUUCUUCCUUCUGUGUCCUUCCUUCCUUCUUUCAUUAUUCCUUUCUUCUUUUCUUUCCUUGUGUUUUUUCUCACUUCCUUCACCUUCUUUGCAUCUUUCUUCACUUGGUUUCCUUCCUUGUAUCCUUUUUUUCGUCCCAUUAAACCCUUUAAUUGUAGAAAUGUCUGCCAUAAUAUAAACUUUAAUACUUUUAAAUUUGAAAAUGAAUCUAAAGAACCAAGACGACUGGAAGAGUAUGUAAUUAUUUCCAAAGACUUUUAGGAAUCCUGAACAUAACUAAACUGAAUCGGUCAUUGCCAGCAUCCCAUGAAGUCUAUCUACAAGUAAGCCAAAUAUGUUUUUGCUGACUCAUCUGAAGCAAAACAAAACAAAAGCAGAUAAAUUUUUAUUUUAGGAGAACCUCAAUUCUUCUGCUACAUUUUUCUUAUGUUGAUUUUUUUUUAUUGUUAUUAUUAUUAUUUUUUCCCCACCCUGCGCAGCACAUACAGCCAGUGGAGCAACGUAUCCUCUCAUCUGUGUGGCGCAGGUGGAAGCAUCUUUGCAAUGUUCCCCUGUAGCCGGCAGCAUAACACCACCGCCUGUUCAGCUGCAUUAAGCUGAAAUCGAUCUGUGAUUAAACUUAAAGUCCAAUGAAAGGUGAAAAUGUGCAGCUGGUCUUAAAUUCUCCCACAAUGAAUGUAUUUUUUCUUCUUCCUAAAAUGUAUCUGUUUUUUUUAUUUAAUUGCAGUUGUAGUUUUUAUUAUCCUCAUUACUUUUUUUGUUCUUAAGGGAAUGUUUGAGAAUUUUGAAGUGAGUUUAAUUAUGACUAAAAGGUUAUAAGUCAUAAUGCCGUCACUGUAGUUAGCCUCUCUGUGGCUAGGAAGAGAUGCUAACACUCCAGACAGCUUUGUACACUUACAACGCAAAUUAAAACUUGAACCCAAUAAAGUUUGAUUUGAUGUCAUUUCUAAAUUCAAGUUCUUAAGUAAAAUGAUUUUUUUUUUUUCCAUCCGCCAGUUAACCUGCCUGGAAACACUUGACAGGUUCCACUUAGUGUGCGUUUCACACAGGAAUGUAAUUUAUGGCGCACCGCGUCAAACUUCCAUUUCCUUUAUACAUAUUAAUAUCAGUUUCCACGUAAAAAAAAAACUAAUGAACACAUUCGACUAACGCUUUAGAAGCUGGGGGAAUGUAAAUCUCAUGAACCAGUCUGACAUUUUUCAGAUUGUGUUUGUUUUAAGAAGGUAGUUGUCCGCUUUUAUCACGGCCCCCCUCCGAAGCUAGCUGUUAGCUUCAGCUUCUGGUACAGGCUAAUCGGUAUUCAUCCAAAACUGAAGAUAGCUGCCUCUAAUCUUGAAGUGAUUAGUGCUCCAAACUCUUAUUUGCUUAUCCUCACUAAAACCCUGUUCUGGUUAAACCCAACAUUUGUUGUGACAUCUACGUGUAAAUGUUUUGUGGCAUUUUAACCAUUCCUGGUUUUACACGUUGAGCACAAAAAGUGUAUUUGCACUCUUUGUUGGAUGUGACUUCUUUUUUUGUUGUUGUUGAGAAAACAGACAUAUUUAUGUUUGUACUCCCCUUUCUCUUUUUGUAGCCCCAUUACAUUAAAUGGAGAGUAGAAGAAGAAUCAAAGGCAGAGCUGGAAGUUUGUAGCCGCAGCUCAAGAAAGCAAAAAAAAAAAGAUACCCAGGGACAAAGUGCAAUCCAUUUCCACUUGUUUUUUGUGACUGCUGGUGUAUUGUUUUUAUCUUUGUUUGUGAGACAUUUGAAUAUUUCAAUUAUGCAUGUGUGCCUUCUUUAACCUCUCCAGCUGUUGUGUUUACACCCGGUGUACAUGCUUUAGCUGCCCAGGCUUGUUAGAGGGACCAUUAAGGCCAGUUUUUUUCCUUCCAGAGUCGAUCUGCCACCAUGAGCAUGCACACGCCUGCAGCUCUCUGUAAAAAGAAAACCAUAUUAGCGUUAUCAUUCAAGCCCUGCAAGAUGGAGGUUAAAGAGCAACUUUUGUUACACAAUGCUUGGUUUCCGCUCACCUCAUCUGAUCUCAUUUGCUGCAGCGCUACAAAAGAUAUGUCUGCCCUUCUUUUGUUUUCUUGUUUUAAAUGGACAUGAAUGGUUGUAGGCUUAUCCUGUCUCCAUUUCCCCUGAGGCUAUGCAAAAGUGGACCGCUACGUAAAUAAAGAUAAAGAUGAAAGUCUCGCUAUCGAGGUCACAGAGACCUUAAAGCCUCUCUUCUGCGGCAGCAACUGCCCUGCAUUUGAUGGAACUUCACGUUUAUUGCAUCCGAUUUCCCUUCUUUACGAAAUAGGAUCAAUUUGAAAACCUGCAGGCAACAGAAAGCUUAAAUUUAAUCUCAUAUUGAAACAAAACAACACUAACAUUAAGACAAAAAUAAAAUUUCCCUUAAAUUUGGCUUUGUUUAGUGCAAAGUUGGCGGAUUGCUUCACAGAUGAAUUCUCCUUCAAGGUGCUCAGUUGUUGUUUUUUUUUCAGUCUUGCUGUUUGUUUUUGAUACAGAAUUGAGGAGCUGCCUAUGCAACAGACUGGCACAGGGCAUUCCAAUUAAGCCCACAACUCUGAGGCUUUCUAAUGGGCUUUUUCAGAUUGUUCCCCUGCUUCCCCUUCAAAUCAGGCUGGGUAUUUGCUGAUCCCAGAUUUGCUGCGUUACUUGAAAGCCUUGAAAUGAAGCCAUGCUGCAGCUUUGUGUGGAUGAAUGGAUCAUGUUUUGUGAAGAAAAUGGUGUUCAGUUUGUGCCGAUCUGUGAAAGGAAAAAAUAAAUAAACAAAUGAGGUGUUUGUUGUUCUUCUGCGAUGAUUUCCCCCAUUGCUAUUUUGUGGAGUAUUUAAACUGUGAUCAUAAUAUAUGCAUUUGUAGAUAAUCCCUGUAAAAUGAUAAGAUGUUUUUAAAGAAAAAAAUAUGAAUCUGGAUGUCUGUACAUACUGUGUUUCCAGGGAAUAAAAGAA